AGGAUCUGCCCCCUCCUCUUUGCCUGCGAAUGCUUGGUCAGACCAAACACUAAGAAAAAGUCAAGGUUUUGGUGUGUCCUUCAAAGGUCGUCAAAAAAAAAAAAAGAUAAAAAUGGAAAGCUUCAGUGAGAUCAUUCCAUUUGCUAAGGAGAUGCUGAAGGAGAGGCCCAGCCGGAGCAUGCUGAAGAUCUACAUGCUCGGCUCCACUGUGGCGAUGCUCGGAAUGGUUGGUGGCUUGGUGGAAACGAUUAUCCUGCCCUUUGUCGAGAAGGACACUUUUGAGGACGAACCAGUAGAGCUUAUCAUGGAGAACGAGAAGGAAAAGAAGCAGGUGUUGAAGUCCCACCCUGCCCUGGUUCAUACUGAAGUGGUGGAUGUGCCAGAGACGGUAGCGGUUGGUGCCAAGGCCAAACAUCUGGUGACAGCUGGGCAGAGAAACUCAGCCAACCGCUUACAUGCUUCUUAAAGCCGCAUGUGCCCCUGCUGAUAUAAAUGGACACAGCAGUUACAACAUUGGUGGUACCAGUGGUAAAUUAAAUCGCCAUGUUGAACUGGUCCCUUUGUACUUGUUCAUUCAUUUCAGAUUUGGAUAAACAUACAAUUUCCCCAUUGAUGACUGGCAAAGAUGAGAUGAGAUACAAUGCAAACUGCAGGUUACAGUAACGUCUGGCUGCUGGGCAGCAGAUACUUGUGAAUGUGAUGUGAUGGAUGUAUUGGAACAAAAAUAGAAUGUAUGUGAUUCAUUUCAUGAUGCAUUCUAAUAAAUGUAUUUUUCAGCUA